AUGGAUUACACCCUGGAGCCCAACGUGACAACAGUAACUGACGACUACUAUCCUGAUAUCUCGUCGAGCCCCUGCGACGGGGAACUUAUCCAAAGAGAUAACAAGUUGUUACUUGCCAUCCUCUAUUGUGUCUUGUUUGUAUUCAGUCUUCUGGGGAACAGCCUGGUCAUCCUGGUCCUCGUCGCCUGCAAGAGGCUGAGGAGCAUCACAGACAUAUACCUCUUGAACCUGGCCCUGUCGGACCUGCUUUUUGUCUUCUCCUUCCCCUUCCAGACCCACUAUCAGCUGGACCAGUGGGUGUUUGGGACCGCAAUGUGCAAGCUGGUCUCCGGUUUUUAUUACAUCGGCUUCUUCAGCAGCAUGUUCUUCAUCACCCUCAUGAGUGUGGACAGGUACCUGGCAGUUGUCCACGCUGUGCAUGCCAUGACGGUGAGGACGGCCAGAAUGGGCACAGCCCUGAGUCUGGUCAUGUGGCUGAUCGCCAUCGUGGUCACCAGCCCGCUACUGGGAUUGUACCAAGUGGCCUCCGAAGACGGCGUUCUACAGUGCUACUCGUCUUACGGUCAGCAGACUCUGAAGUGGAAGAUCUUCAUCUACUUUGAGAUUAACAUCUUAGGUCUGCUGGUCCCAUUCACCAUCCUUAUCUUCUGCUACGUGAGCAUCCUGCACCAACUGAAGAGUUGCCAGAACCACAGCAAGACCAAGGCCAUCAAGCUGGUGCUCAUUGUCGUGGUCGCUUCUUUGCUCUUCUGGGUCCCGUUCAAUGUGGUCCUCUUCCUCACGUCCCUGUUCAACAUGAAGAUCUUGGACGGAUGCGUCCUGAGCCAGCGGCUCAUUUAUGCCACCCAUGUCACAGAAACCAUCUCCUUCACUCACUGCUGCGUGAACCCUGUGAUCUACGCAUUCAUGGGCGAGAAGUUCAAGAAACACCUCUCAGAAAUAUUCCAGAAGAGCUGCGGCCACAUCCUCCUCUACGCAGGAAGACAAAUCCCCAGGGAGGGCUGGGACAGGUCCUCCUCCUCUUGCCAGAACCCCCUCCGAUCCUCCAGCAUAGACUACAUUUUGUGA